CCUGGCGGCCGGUGACGGACUGACUGUCUCGGGCCCAAUGAGGGAGGCAUGGUCGGGCCCGGUGGCCAAGGACUGGACCAGAUCAGCCCUACAGCACAGACUGCAGACGAGGCGGCCUAUUCCAGCCAGCCCGUCCUAGGGGAGCGGAGAAAGUCCCAGAUCACAGACGAGACGAUGGCCGAAGUUUCGUGGGGUCCCCAGACCCGCACCUUGGAGAAGAGAGGAGGACUCUGGCAGGUCCCCGUGACGUUUGAGGAUGUGGCCGUCUUCCUGACUCAGGAAGAAUGGUGUCAUCUUGACCUUCCCCAGAGGAACCUCUAUAAGGAUGUCAUGCUGGAGAACUAUGACCAUGUGGCCUCCCUGGGCUUUCCCGUCUCCAAACCCACCGUGAUUUUGCAGUUGGAGCGAGGGGCGGAACCGUGGGUGCCAAAUACCCAGGAAGCGGAGAACGGGAGGACCCCGACAGGCGCCAGAAGAAGACGUUCCUCUGUCCCACCGCAAGCAGCCGGCGCAAUCGAACCUCCGACUUCCGGAGAAACCGAGGCCGGGAUCGGCGGUCCGCCUCCCCGCCGGGAAAUGUCGCCAAGAGAGGCCCGCGAGCCCGGGGGACUCCAACGGGGCCUCGGAGACCGUGAACGAGAGAGGAGGCCGGAAUGGCGGUGGGGACGCCGGGAGGAAACGGGGGGGUUUCGGAGGCAAGCGGCCGCCACCCCCGGGGAGUCCCGGUGGAGGCCGCCCCCGGCCGGGAACGCCGUCAGCGGGCGUGAGGACGGCCCCGGGGGGCGGCCCCACCUGUGCCACGAGUGCGGGAAGGGGUUCAAGUGGGCGUCCAAACUCGUGGAGCACCGGCGACGCCACACCGGCGAGAAGCCCUACUCCUGCCCGGCCUGCGGGAAGGCCUUCGGCAACAGCUCCAACCUCAUCCGCCACCGGAGGAUCCACACCGGCGAGAAGCCGUACGCCUGCCCGGCCUGCGGGAAGGCCUUCCGGAACAGCUCCAACCUGAUGGAGCACCGGCGGGUCCACACCGGCGAGAAGGCCUUCGCGUGCCCCGACUGCGGGAAGACUUUCCGCUGGCGUUCCCAUUUCGUCCACCACCAGAGGAGCCACCGCGGAGAGAAGCCCUACUCCUGCCCGGACUGCGGGAAGACCUUCAAGUGGACCUCCAAGCUCGCCGAGCAUCAGAGGGUCCACACCGGCGAGAAGCCUUACGUCUGCCCCGGCUGCGGGCGGGCCUUCAAUCACAGCUCCAACCUGAUCCGCCAUCAACGCCUCCACGCCAAGGAGGCACCGUGGGAGGAGCCCGGGAGCUGGGGCGGCUGCGGGGACCUCGGCCCCGGGGACCAGCCCCUCGCGGGGAACGGAGGAGGCCGGGUUUUCGGAGCGGAGGGGCCGGGCCCUCGGGGCGGGGAAGCCUUCGCGCUCGGCUCCGACCUCGUCUGCCACCAGAGGUUUCCCGCCAGGGGGAGGGAGUGGCACCGCGUGGAGGGCGGGAGGGCCGCCGACGGGCACGCGGAGCCCUCCAGUCCCAAGAAGUUCCCCGCCGGGAAUCGGCUCCUCGGGUGGGACGCGAGCGGGAGAGCCUGGAGGUGGAGCGUGGACUAUCCGCAGACAGGGGAGCCCUCCAGACGGAACGCAAAAAGCGGCCUGGCCUAA